ACGGAUUAAGGAGUCACGUGACCGGUAAAGGAGGCCGUGUGGAGGACCUUUGGUCAAUGGAAUAAAACGGAAAAAUGUAUCAACCGAACCAAAGCGUGGAAGUCUAUUUUCUCUACAGCUGCUGAACGCCAGGUACCACAUACCUUCAUUAAAAUCAGAUGCAUCUGAGUCAAGGCAGCUGCUCUUGAUGGCUACACAAUGAAGGCCCAAUUACAGAUAAUAGUUUUGUCAGCUAAACUGAAAGAGAACAAGAAGAACUGGUUCGGGCCUAGUCCGUAUGUGGAAGUAGCCGUAGAUGGCCAGUCGAAGAAAACGGAGAAGUGCACCAACACUCACAGCCCCAAGUGGAAGCAGCCACUCACAGUAAUCGUUUCCCCCUUCAGCAAGUUAAUUUUCCGUGUCUGGAGUCAUCAGACUCUCAAAGCAGACAUUUUGUUGGGAAUGGCAACUUUAGAAGUCAGUGAGACCCUCAAAUCCAAUGACAUGAAGAUCCAUGAGGUGAUACAGACUCUGCCUCUGAGUGCAGAUACAGAUGGCAGUGAUGUAGUGGGAGAUCUGUCUGUGUGUCUGGAUGGAAUGCAGGUGGAUCCUGAAACGUUUGCUUCUGAGGAACAGAAGCACAAUGGUCUACCAAAUUCCAAGCAAGAGGCAGCUGGAAGAUCGAGUCGCGAUUCCUCGCCCUCCAGUGACCUUGCUGAUGAUUCUUCUCUGCCUAAUGGCCAUGCUGUGGGAAGUACAGGGUCUCCCUCAAAUUCCACAGGAGCUCUGAGACCUCCGAGGCCCCCCAGACCCCAGAGACCACCUCCUCCCUCCCCCCAGAGACCAAACUCCUCCACAACCUCCUCUACUGGCUCUUCACCCACCCACGGCAGUAGUGGUCCAAGUCCAGGCUCAUCCCCACGUUUACGUGUGAAUGGAGAGGCAGCAAUCCCAGGAUCAAACUCAGGGUCAGGGCCAGCCCUGAGAGUGAGCCCCACUCCCCGCAGAGUGUCCCCCAUCAACAACGGCCCACUUCCUCCUGGCUGGGAGCAGAGAGUGGAUCAGAAUGGUCGUAUCUACUAUGUGGAUCACAUUGAGAAAAAGACCACCUGGGAGAGGCCUGAACCUUUGCCUCCUGGCUGGGAGCGUCGUGUGGACCCGAUGAGCCGAGUGUAUUAUGUGGAUCACCUAAGCCGGAGCACCACAUGGCAGCGGCCCACUGCAGAGUCUGUGAGGAAUUAUGAGGAGUGGCAGAGCCAGCAGAGCCAGUUACAGGGAGCCAUGCAGCAGUUCAACCAGAGAUUUAUUUUUGGGCUACAGGAUCAACUAGGGCCAGCUCCUAAUAAAGAGUUUGAUCCACUGGGUCCUUUACCACAGGGAUGGGAGAAGCGAACUGACACAAACGGGAGAAUGUACUUCGUUCAUCAUCCUACACGGACAACACAGUGGGAGGAUCCUCGUACUCAAGGGUUGUUAAAUGAAAAGCCCCUGCCAGAAGGCUGGGAGAUGAGGUUCACAGUGGAUGGGAUUCCAUAUUUUGUUGACCACAACAGGAGAACGACCACCUACAUCGACCCUCGCACGGGCAAAUCCUCACUUGAGAAUGGCCCUCAGAUUACCUAUGUGCGUGACUUUAAAGCCAAAGUGCAUUAUUUCCGCUUCUGGUGUCAGCAACUGGCAAGGCCUCAGCACAUCAAAAUCCACGUCAGUCGCAAGACGCUGUUUGAGGAUUCCUUUCAGCAGAUCAUGAGCUUCCACCCGCAAGACCUGAGGCGAAGACUAUGGAUCAUCUUUCCAGGAGAGGAGGGACUGGACUAUGGGGGAGUAGCUAGGGAAUGGUUUUUCCUGUUGUCUCAUGAAGUUUUGAACCCCAUGUACUGUCUUUUUGAAUAUGCGGGUAAAGACAACUACUGUCUGCAGAUCAACCCUGCCUCGUCCAUCAACCCAGACCACCUCAAAUAUUUCAAGUUCAUUGGAAGAUUUAUUGCCAUGGCUCUGUUUCAUGGGAAAUUCAUCGACACCGGCUUCUCUCUGCCGUUCUAUAAGCGGAUCUUGAACAAGCCUCUGGCUCUGAAAGACCUGGAAUCCAUUGACCCUGAGUUCUACAACUCCCUAAUCUGGAUCAAGGAGAAUAACUUGGAGGAGUGUGGGCUGGAGAUGUAUUUCUCUGUGGAUAAGGAGAUCUUGGGUGAGAUCACUACUCAUGAGCUGAAGCCAGAUGGAGGAAACAUUCUUGUAACUGAGGACAAUAAGGAAGAGUAUAUCAGACUGGUAGCGGAGUGGAGGUUAUCCAGGGGGGUUGAGGAACAGACUCAAGCUUUCUUAGAAGGUUUUAAUGAAGUCUUGCCUCAGCAGUACCUGCAGUACUUCGAUGCCAAAGAGCUGGAGGUGAUGCUGUGUGGAAUGCAGGAGAUUGAUCUUUCAGAUUGGCAGAGGAACACAAUCUACAGACAUUAUGCUCGCAGCAGCAAGCAGAUCGUCUGGUUCUGGCAGCUUAUGAAAGAAAUGGACAACGAGAAGAGGAUGCGUUUGCUACAGUUUGUGACCGGGACUUGCAGGCUUCCUGUUGGGGGGUUUACUGACCUCAUGGGGAGCAAUGGGCCACAGAAGUUCUGCAUCGAGAAAGUGGGAAAGGAGAACUGGCUUCCCAGGAGCCACACAUGUUUCAACCGGUUGGAUCUGCCUCCAUAUAAGAGCUACGAGCAGCUCAAAGAAAAGUUGAUGUUUGCCAUCGAGGAGACAGAAGGCUUUGGCCAAGAAUGAUGUGUACAUCCACACCCCUGCAUGUCUUUUGCACGUCUCCAUAGCAGCAGUAUACCAUUCAGACUUAUCUAAGAGAAUGCUGCUGAAGGAAUGAAGGACAGAGAUGACAUGAGAAAAGAAAAAUUCUUAAGAGCACCAUUCCUUCAUCACAUCACCUAGGCUCACGUUUUCCCUCUGAUUUCAGAUGCAUUGUUUGAAAUUUCACUUUUUUUGUGGUAAUGCUGCCUUUGUUAGUCAUCUAUACACCAGUAUGCCUGGGCUUAAAUAAACUAAACUCCACUUAAGACACACACGCGAUCCAGGCUAUGCACCCUGGUUGGCUGGAGUCACGAUUAGUAUUUUGCAAGACUGUUUUACAGAUUUGUUGUUUUUUGUUUGUUUGUCUGUUAGUUUUAACCUUAUACAUGCCUCAUUUACAGUUGGGCAUUUAUUUUUCUGGCAGCACUUACAGUAGCUCAACUGUAUGCAUGAAUAUUACAUUUUAUUUAACGGGCUCUUGAUCAUUUAGGUAGCUGUCUGUCUGCUGAGUUUUAGAAUUCCGAUCAGAAAGUUUUCACACUGAUGAAGCACUAUGAGAUGUGAGCUCAAUGGCUAAGAAAUUUGCCUGAGGUUAUGAGAGUCGAUAAGCAUAUAAGGCAUUGGCUUAGUAAUUAAAUCUCUUACGAAAACCUGGAACAAAUCUAGUUUUAAUCUCCAGCUGACUGAAACCAACUUUCCCAUUUUAGUAAUGGGUGCAUGCUUUUAGUGCAAGUUAAGCCAUCUGUUUUUAGUGAACCAAAUUACCCGAACAUGUAAAAGGAGUUGGAGUGUAAUGGUCUUUGUAUCUGAAAUAAUAUACAAAUCCAACAUCCUAUUUUCUGAGAAUUUUUCAAAAUGGCUAAGAUAGAAGAUGAACGCAUAUUUUAAUACUUGGACAUACAUGUCAUUAGGGUAAAAUGAGUUCUAAUUCUGGUUGAUGCUAUUAUGCUUUAAUCUAGUAAAUAAAAUUGAUUUUAUAAAAACAAGUUAAGGUGCACCUUAAAGUUCCAUUUUGACAAGGUUUUUUCCCCCUCUGUUAUGAAGCCCCUGAAAUGUUCAGAAGUGAGCCAAUGACAUUUCAUUCAAGUCUGACCAUGCACUUGUCACUUUCCAGUUUUUUGAGCAGGUUUAGAUUUCUCCAGAACUGUCCUGAAAAGCUCGAUCCCUUUAAAGACCCUGCCAUGCUUUAAUGUAGAAAUCAGAUGUUGAACACCAGUUCUGAUUUGCUAGGGCAUUUCAGGUCUUCUACUGCUUAAAGGUGCUUCAUUUUAAUUACUGGUGUUUUCUUUUUAAAGACAUUAUUGAUCGGAUGUUUGCUUUAAGAAUUAGAAUUAUCUGGAGAAAUGCAAUGUUGUGUAUUUAAAUAUGUCAAUAUACCAUUCAAAAGCAAAUUCUAGCCAUAUAGUUUGAAAGAACAUAGUGGAGGUAUCUGCUUUCACUGUAGGGUCUGAUUUACAUCUGUGUUUGAUGUUGCUUUUUUUCCUCAAUCAUUACGUUUCUUAAUAGUAAGGUUAGUAUAGCACUAGCUCGAAACCGAAAUAGAGAUAAUGCGAGAGCUCUUAUCUGAAAACGUUUUUAAUAUGCUGUACAACUCCCCGUCUCGAAACUGUGAGCCUGUGUCAUUAAUGUGGGAGUCAUAGUACUUAUUUUCUUAAAUGAGUUUUGUUUAUAAAACUAAUGGAUAUGCCUGACUUAUUGGCAUUAUUUCUUCAUGUGUCAGCAAAGUUAUAGAAUACGUAGAUCAGCAAUCUGUGAUUUUCCUUGGCUAAUUACUGGAUUAACCUGCCUGAUGUCAAAAUUAUGCAAAACUUAAAUAUCAUGUUGUGAUGUACAGUGAGAUGGAUUCCAAUGCUGAACAUUAAAUGAAUGACGUUGUCUUUAUUUCUUUGGAAUCAACUGUUUAUUUUGUAAAAGUACCUUUUUCAAACAGCUACAAUGUCCGGGAGUCUUUGUACGCCAUGGUUUUGAGAGUAUGGUUUAAAUUUCACAGGCAGCACAAUGUGCAACAAACUUGACAAUGUACUGUUUAACUUAAGUGGAUCUUAAGUCCCUGUAGCCAACACGAAUCCACACAUCAAUAAUGAGCUCAUCUACUGUGUUGUGAUUAUUGAUUGAUAAUGCAGCUCUAAACACUCCAAGAUGAUUUGUUAUCAAAUUGAGGACAAUAUUAUGUUGUUCAGGUCUCCAUCGCCCAUGUCCCCCCCCCCCCCCCCCCCAGUUAAUAUCAUCAUGUCUUUAAGCCCUUUGUAGGUAAGCAGAAAGCUUCAGACUGUUUCAUCUCUUUAUUUUCUUAUCUAACAAAGACAUUGUAUAUCUUGUAACAUUUAGCUUAUCUUUUAAUAAGUGGGGUUUAAUGUUAUUUUAAACGAAUUUUAUUUUUCUUAUGUGGAUGUGUACAGUUGGUUGAUUCUUGUCAAAAUAUUCUGAACUGAAGAAAUAAAUAUAUAAUGCAUUA